GGCAGAGGUGGGACUAGUAUUGAAAAUUGUAUAAAAUCUUGCCUCUAGAAAAGUUGUUGCACAGCAGUGGAGAAAAUGCAAGCAUUUAAUAGUUGAUGAAAUCUCAAUGGUGGAUGGUGAUUUCUUUCAGAAACUGGAAGCUGUUGCUCGUGCAAUCAGAGGAAACGAUAAGCCAUUUGGUGGAAUACAACUUAUACUGUGUGGUGAUUUCUUGCAACUUCCACCGGUUACAAAACCUGGAGAGAAAAGAGUGUUUUGUUUCCAGACAUCUGCCUGGGAAAGAUGUAUAGACCUCAAUAUGGAGCUUACUGACGUGCGAAGACAAAAUGACCAGGAGUUCAUUAACAUAUUGCAGUCUAUUAGAAUUGGAAGGUGUACAGAGGAUAUGACAGAUCAACUACGGUUAACGGAGCAAAAUAUUGUAGAAAAGGAUGGUAUCAAAGCAACGAGGCUGUGCACGCACUGUGAAGAUGUUGAUAACAUUAAUAGUGGGCACUUAAAUAAGUUAUCAGGCACGGCAGAGGUCUUUCAAUCGGUCGACAGUGAUCCAGGCUUGUCCAAGAUAUUGGACUCUCAAACCCCAGUAGUUUCUAAGCUCAUUUUGAAAGUUGGUGCUCAAGUCAUGCUUAUGAAGAACUUGGAUGUGAAUAAGGGCUUAGUUAAUGGUGCCCGAGGAGUUGUAACAGGAUUCAAAUCUGUAGGGGGAGGAGCACCUGUCACAGAAAAGUUGCCUCAGGUGUGGACAGAGUAGACGCAUCUGUAACAGCACUUCUUGACUUGUGUGGUUACUCGUCAGUCAAACCCACCUGACUGCUUCAGCUAUUGCAUGUGAAUGGGUGAUCCUAGUGAGACAGUAUGAAAAUAGACCUUACCUUGAAGAUCUGCAUAUGUUCUCUGUAGCAUAGCAAGAAAAUGGAAAAGUAGUGCAGACUAAAACAAUACAUACUAAAAAGAUUGCUCAAGGCAUAAAUGGGUACAGAUAUAAACAGUAUGGUGUAACAAAUAUCUCUAAGACUAGUACAUGGAGAGCUAAAUCAUUUGAAAAUGCACUGAACACUUGAAACUUUACACCAAAACUUUAUAAAAAUAUAAUAGUACACACAAAACCUUGAAAAACACACUGAAAAAUCACCAAUCGAAGCAGUGAAGUGUAAUUUUUGAGAUACUAAAAGAAUAAAUAUGUAACCACUCAGUCAAUGGUACUGCGAAGCUGGCGAUACAAGAGAGCAUCAGCAAUUGAAAAGCGCUUGCUAAGGUGUAGUGAUAUUAUUGUCACUUAUGGAAAGAAAAGAACUGGAA